CAGUUCCAUUUCUGGAAACCGAACUCUCUCUCUCUCUUGCGCGCGUCCGAGCCCAGAAAAAACAGAGCAAAGCUCUCCGGCCGAGUUCUCCCUCCUCCGGCCACCAAUCGACACCAGACCACCUCCCUUGCCUUCGCCUCGACGCCGCCUACCUGCUAGACGUGAUCACUUCCACCGGAACGGCCUCAAAUCCGGCAGUCGGAGCCGCAAACUUUGAAACAAAAAUCGGUCAACGCCGGUUUUCUCCUAGCUCCGGCCACCAAAACUCACGAUCCUUAGCUCCCUGAACUCGCCUCAACCUUCUGAUCAUCAUUCUAGAAGGAUCGCACCUGGAGUGAUCGGAUUCACGUUCGUCGGAGCUCGCCGGAUUCUGGAAAUUUUCCACCACCACCGAAGCUUUUGAUAGGUAUAUCUCGAGUUGUAGUGCAUCGUUUUGAGUGAUUCUUGAACUGGUAAACUCACCUUGAGUUUCUUAACAACUCUCUAGAAGGAAUCGAAGCCUGAAAUUGAAGUUUUGACGUCGAAAUCAAGCCUUGCCGGAUUCUGCAAAAUUCUGGAAUUUUUCCGACCACCGAAGCUUUCGAUCGGUAUAUCUCGAGCUACAGACCAUAUUUUUCUGUGAUUCUUGAACCAGUGAGUUCUUCUUGAGUUUCUUAACAACUCUUCAGAAGGAAUCGAAGCCUUAAAUUGACGUUUUUACGUCGAAUUGGAGCUCGCCGUUUUCUGCAGUUUCUCACCGGUUUCUGGAAAAUUCCGGCCACCUUCAUACUGUUCAAGGUGAUCGACGGUUUGAUUUGGCGGACGAUUCGUGAAAUUGUAUUUUGAGCUGUUAAGAAGACGCAGCGGGAAUUUAGAGAUGAUGGAAGGGAAUUCAAACACUGUGACACCUACUCCCACAAGCAUAGAGGCUGCAUCAAGCAUAGGGACUUCAGUACCCUCAUUCCCUGCUUCGGAAAUAAGCCCUACUGCUGUUGCUGCGAUUGUUUCGGUUCCACCUGGUCCUGUUGCCAUUGUCUCAGGUCAACCCACCGACUCUACUGCUGGUACUGAUGCUCCUGGACUGGAAUCAACAUCGAAGAGGAAGAACAAGUCCGUCGCUUGGGAGCAUUUCACAAAGAUGAAGAAUCCAAAUGGGACUCCGAUGGCCAAACCCCGAGCGAAGUGCAACUAUUGCCCCCAGACUCAUGCCUGCCACUCCAAGUCUAAUGGGACAUCAAGCAUGAAAACCCAUAUGCUUUAUCAGUGCAAGAAGUGUCUGUUGUACAUACCUGCCAAGAAACAGAGGUGCUUGACUUUUGAUAGCAUUGAAAAUGGGGGUAAUGUUGUGGUUGUUCAGUAUGAUCCGGAUAGGUCUAGGCUUUUGCUUGCUAAGAUGAUUAUUAGAGAUGAAUUGCCUUUUAGUCAUGUUGAGGGGGAGGGUUUUAAGGAAUUCAUGCGGGUAACAGUACCUAAGAUUCAUUUGCCUUCUCGUAGAACCAUUGCUAGGGAUAUAUGGGAUUUGUAUCAAAAUGAAAAAACUGCUCUUAAAAAUAUGAGUUAAUUACUGUUUACUCCCUAUACUUAUAAGGUUUCGUCGUUUCAGUCCCUGACCUUCGAAUUUCACCUAAAAAAUCCCUAAACUCUCAAUUUCCUCCCAAUUGGUCCCUGCCGUCAACUUUCCGUCAAAGACCCUGUUAUUUUGCUGACGUGGCAUUAAUUUUACGCUAAAAUGUCUAUUAUACCCUUAUUUACUCUUUUUUUUAAUUUUUUUUUCUUUUCUCUCCUUUUUUUUUUGUCUUUUUCUUUUUACCUUUUUUUCUUUUU